UUGUGACAGCUUGAUGAGGCAGAAAUUACAGAUGAAUAGACCACAACAGUGUUGACAGCAUUAUACAUAUAAUCCCGGUUGCGCUGUAUCUAAAGUUUCUGAAAUGAGUAACGAUGUAACCAAGAAGAAGGGAAAGGCAGUCGGAGAGAAAAAGACUAAAAGAAAAGCCAAGAGGAGAGAGACUUAUGCAGUGUAUAUCUAUAAAGUUUUGAAGCAGGUCCAUCCUGACACUGGCAUCUCCAGCAGAGCAAUGAGCAUAAUGAAUUCCUUCGUCAACGACGUGUUUGAGCGCAUUGCAACUGAGGCAUCUCGUCUGACCCAGUACAACAAACGCUCAACCAUCACCAGCCGAGAGGUACAGACCGCAGUCCGACUCUUGCUACCUGGAGAGCUGGCCAAGCACGCUGUGUCGGAGGGCACCAAAGCUGUCACCAAAUACACUAGUUCAAAGUAGAAAAUGAGUGCAUCAAAUGCAGCAGGAAUGCAAUUAAGACUAUGGAUGUGCCACUAAGUUUAAGUUGACUCAUUAUUUUUGAAAAUAAAUGCACUAAAUUGA